AUGUCUGUCAAACUAUUCAUCAAUUUGCCCUACAUGCAUUCCUACGUUUCCCAUCAUGCCGAUUUAACUCCAUUUCCCUGUCUGCAGGCCAGUAACUUCCUCCGAGCCUUUCGUACCAUCCCUGAAGCCUCGGCUCUGGGUCUGAUCCUCGCCGACUCGGAUGAGCAAACCGGGAAGGCCAAGCUGGGCCGCUUGAUCCAGAGCUGGAACCGCUUCAUCCUCACCCAGCUUCACCAGGAGACUCAGGAGCAGGAGGGUCCUCAGGCCUACAGGGGAGCCAGCAGCAGCUCUCUGGGUUCCUCGGCGGAGUCCGUCAUCGGGAAGCUGUUUGGCGUUGAAGUUGAGAACAGCAGCCUGUGCCGCUGCGGGAAGGAGACGGUGCGCUCCUCCCUCACCUUGCUCUUCACCAUGCAUUAUCCAGAGCAGAACUCCCAGGAUAAAGCCAUAAAGGAGUACGACUUUGCUGGGAUUCUGAAGAAAAGCAUCUGUUUGGAGCAGAACACUCAGGCGUGGUGUGAAAACUGUGAGAAGUAUCAGCCGACGGUGCAAACACGCAGCAUCAGGUGUCUGCCGGAUGUCCUGGUCAUAAACUGUGAGGUGAACAGCGCCAAGGAGGCUGAGUUCUGGAAAGUUCAGGCAGAGUAUGCCUACAAUAAGGCCAUGCAGAAAGAGGCAAUGGAGCCCGCAAAGCACACCGAGCCACCACCCAUGCCUACAGAGUGGUGCUUAGACGGGGAGGAGAUCUGCAGCGCGGAGGGCUUCUCCUUUGACACCCGGGCCGAGGAUCUGCGCCACGUUUGGAUCCCCUCCACCCUCAAGAUGUCCAUCAGCAAAAGCCAGGGGCUGGAGAUCAGCAGCUGGUCCGAAGGAGAAGAAAUCAGUGCCGCGGAGGAGGCCGAGGGGGUUUCCCUCUACGACCUCGUGGUCACGGUGCCCCACAUCCAGGACACUCGCACCGGCGGAAACCUGGUCGCACACAUCAAAGUGGGUGAGACGUACCACCAAAGGAAAGAGGGAGUCACACACCAGCAGUGGUACCUCUUCAACGAUUUUCUGAUCGAACCCAUUGAUAAGACUGAAGCUGCCCAGUUUGACGUCAGCUGGAAGGUGCCGGCCAUCCUCUAUUACGCCAAGAGGAACUACCACUCCAAGUACGAUCUCCGCAUCAAAAAUCCCAUAGAUGCCAGCGUGCUGCUGACGGAGGCCUCGCUGGCCCGUAAGCAGAGGAAGAGUCACGCCACGUUCAUCCCCCUCAUGGUCAGUGAAAUGCCGCAGGCCGGGGACCUGGUGGGGCUGGACGCCGAGUUCGUGACCCUCAACCAGGAAGAGGCAGAGCUGCGCAGCGACGGCACCAAGUCCACCAUCAAACCCAGCCAGAUGUCUGUGGCCAGGAUCACCUGUGUGAGGGGUCAGGGCCCCAACGAGGGGGUCCCCUUCAUCGACGACUACAUCUCCACUCAGGAGCAGGUGGUCGACUAUUUGACUCAGUAUUCUGGAAUCAAACCAGGAGAUCUGGAUGCUAAAAUCUCCUCGAAGCAUCUGACCACCCUGAAGUCCACGUACCUGAAGCUGCGCUUCCUCAUCGACACCGGAGUUCGCUUCGUCGGCCAUGGCUUGCAGAAGGACUUUCGGGUCAUUAAUCUUCUGGUGCCGAAAGAUCAAGUCGUCGACACGGUCCACUUGUUCCACUUGCCUCGCAAGAGAAUGAUCUCGUUGAGAUUCCUCGCUUGGUAUUUUCUGGAUCUCAACAUUCAGGGGGAAACCCACGACAGCAUAGAGGACGCACGCACCGCCCUGCAGCUGUACAGGAAGUACCUGGAGCUCAGUCGCGGAGGUGGGAGCGACGAAGUAAGGAAGAUCCUGAAGGGACUCUACGAAAAAGGCCGCCAGCUGGACUGGAAAGUCCCCGACUCGGAUACGGGAGACGGUCAAGGCGCCGCUGUGUUCCCCGCUGUGAUGGCGAUGUGAGCGGCUCUGUGACCCGCAGCCACGCUGGAUGAGCCGUCGUCGAUCCGCCUCUUUUAUACUCGUUUGCAUUUCUGUCUGCGUCGUGUACAGUUUGUGUCGGAGGUCUCACCCUCAGCUGAAUCAGUGACCAAAAAGUUUCACUCAUUUGAACUUUUUAUUUCAAAACAAUCGUUUGAAGUUAAAUAAAUUAAUUUUCUGUUAUACAAACUUG